CAAUUUGUCGAAAUCAUUUUAAAUCAAAGUAUGCAUGGAAUGCUGAUCGCAACAAAAAUGAUUCAUCUGUCACGUUAGCUCGUCUUAGAUCAAAUUAUUGGGAACGCCUUAAUAAUGUCCUUGUCUUUAAAGGAGAAGAAAUGCCAACAAAUGAUGGCUUAGAAGCAGCAAAAUUGGAACUUUGUCAAAAGAUGAAAGCUUGGAAUCGUUGUCUUUAUGGUGAUCUUAAGUAUAUUUUUGCAUAUGCAGCAGGAGGUUCCUAUUUACAAUUUUAUGUAAUUGAUCCAUCCUUUAAUCUUUAUAUUAUUUCGGAUAUUUAUGAUUUAAAAAACUUGAGGGAUCGGGUUAAGGUUCUUAUUAAUAUUUUCAACAUCCAUCGUAUUAUACGUUCUAUGGAACCAUUAUUACCCAAUGCAACUGUGCCAGUUUGGUCACACUUUAAGAGAACCAAUAUAACCGUAUUAACAAAUAUAUACGAAAAUACAAGGAAUAUUCAAAGUCUUAUACAUGCUGUUAAAGGCCCGUCG